AUGUAUCUGCAAACAUGGAUAUUUGCAAUAGCGCACAUAACUUAUGCUCAAUACGUCGUCGCCAAACGCGGGCUAUGCAAUGGCUACAAGUCCGGCGUAGACGAUCUUCAAACACUCGAGUUUAUCAGCAAGCUGAAAUUGGAUCUGUUGGACGCGCGUUACAGUGGCAUGACGAAGGUCCGAGGCAGUAAUCGCAUGCAGACGGCAUACCGGCUGGAGAAAGGCACUGAUGUCACCCUCCCGACGAAAGAUAUCAUACCCAGCGGACUUCCAGAAGAGUUCUCAUUGGUAUACACGCUGAAAGCUAGGAAAUCACCGAAGCCUCCUUGGCACGUCAUUAAGAUUGCGGACGUGAAGGGUGACUCUCAGUUUCUCAUCACAAUGAAUUCCAGGAAGCGAACACUGGAUUUUUCAUCGAUCGAUAACGAGGGAGAAUUACAGACGGUCUCUUUUGUGAAUGAUCGCGUGUUCGAUAGGGAUUGGCACAAGGUAAACUUCGGGGUGUUCAAGGAUAAACUAGUUCUUAACGUCGAUUGCGAAUUUGUUGGCGUAGAAGAAUUAAAACCACGCAGUUCGAUCAAAGUCGACGGGGAUCUGUCGAUAGCUAAAAUGAGCAAUAAUAAGGUUACUGUACCGAUUGACUUGCAAUGGAUGGUUUUAACCUGCGAUCCAACGAGAGACGAGAGAGAAACGUGUAAAGAACUACCGAAAAUCAUAGAAGCCGCUCCGCUUCAAAUAAAACCUACCUGCGAGACGAUCUGUCCACAAGGACCACCUGGAUUUAAUGGUACAAAUGGAUUUCCUGGUCCGCCUGGACCACCCGGAAUACCGGGACCAAUUGGUACGUCAGGUUUACCUGGAUAUCCAGGGCAACCGGGGCCACCGGGUGAACAAGGAAAGGCAGGAACUCCAGGUAACAUUGGCGCUAGAGGUUUUCCAGGACUGCAAGGUUCUAAAGGAUUGAUCGGACCCGCAGGACUACCGGGAUCACCAGGCCGAAAGGGUGAAAGAGGCGAUAUGGGAUUUCCUGGUCUAAAAGGAGAUCAGGGUCCUCGAGGGUUUCCAGGUUCACCAGGAAAUGCAGGUAAUUUUUUGCACCCUUUUGGAUCAUCAGAAUACUCAUACAAGGGCGAGAAAGGAGUCAAAGGUGAACGAGGAGACAAUGGCAUUCAAGGACAGUCUGGUGAAAAAGGCGAACCUGGAGACAAGGGGUAUUCAGGAUUAGAUGGAUCCCGUGGUCGUGACGGCCCAUCAGGUCUUCCUGGUCUUCCGGGACCUCCUGGUCUUCCAGGACCCCCUGGACCGAAAGGCAACACUGUAUAUAUGAACACAUCUAGUAUUCCAGGAUCACAAGGUCCUCGUGGUAUAAUAGGGUCGCCAGGACCAUCAGGUCCACCAGGACUGCCAGGAUCUCCUGGUCCGCCAGGUCCAAAAGGCGAUAUCGGAAACCGUGGUCGAGAUGGUACACCUGGAUUGACGGAUAAUAGCGUCAUAUCGGGACUACCUGGUCCCGAAGGACCUAUCGGGUCUCCAGGCGAUGAUGGUCUCCCAGGUGAAAAAGGAGAAAUUGGACCAAUGGGUCCUCCAGGACCAUCUGGAAAUCCAGGAAAGGAUGGAUAUCCUGGAUUACCGGGACCGCAGGGACUUCCAGGGUCACGCGGAGAACCGGGGUCUCCAGGACCUCGAGGUUUAAAUGGACUUCCAGGAAAAUUAGGACCACCAGGAUUCGAUGGAAAAUCGGGUCAAAAGGGUAACAAAGGGCAGGAAGGUGAACGAGGUUCUGUCGGACCUCGUGGGUUACCAGGAAAUUCAGGCUCAAUAGGUUCACCAGGCACACCAGGCGUACCAGGACUAGAAGGAAGACCCGGUCCACCCGGUCCUCCGGGAUCAAUAGGACCACCAGGACCCCCAGGCUCGCCCGGUCUUCCAGCUGUGAACAGUAGCUUUGAUAAUAUUGGUAGUCCCGGCCUCGAAGGACCUAGAGGUCCACUAGGUCUUCCAGGAAUACCAGGUGAAAAAGGAGCUUCCGGAGAACGAGGAUUAGAAGAAAAGAUGACCGAAAUGGCAGUGUUAAUGCAAGGCCCACCUGGUCCACCCGGUCGAGGCCGUCCGGGUCGUCUUGGAUCACCUGGAUCCCAAGGUAGCCCAGAGAGACUGAAAGAACUAACAGAGGGUCUACGAGGGCUACCCGGAUUACCGGGACCGGCUCGACACGGCCGGCCCGGUCGAGCCGGAAAGCGAGGCAUUCCAGGCGAUCCAGGCCCACCAGGUUUGCCAGGAGAUCGUGGAUUCGCCGGUUUACCUGGCUCGCAGGGUCCCAUUGGUCCACAAGGGCUACCUGGCGAACGUGGGGAAAAGGGGGAUAGAGGUCCCGAGGGAAUCGGCUUAGAAGGACCGCCUGGUUUAAUAGGUCCACCAGGGCCUCCUGGUAAUGAUGGCGUCGGUUUACCCGGAAGGCAGGGAGACAGAGGUGAACCAGGCAGACCAGGUGUCCCUGGUACAAGAGGAUCACCAGGAGCGCAAGGACCAACUGGAUAUUGCGAAUUCUGUAAUUAUCCUAGCAGCAAUUACUUACAUAAUCGUGGCAACGAGAAAGGUCCUUAA